GGUAAUUCCAUUACCCUGGCCCCCACAGCUAUGUGUUCGGUUCCUUCAUGACCUGUGUAUGGAGCACAUGGCUGAACCGAGAUACAGCGGCUUCUUACAUCAAACCUAUAGCUCCUACUAGUUGUGUUCUCUACUCCUUCUCUGUUCCCUUCCCUUCCAAAUAAGAAGAGUUCAAAGUCUACCGCUGUACUCUCACCAUUCUCAUCGUGUAACCGAGUAACCCGCGGGAGCACCUGGCGCGCAAUCCGGUACACUUGUUUAUCCUCUCUUCCCCCGCCGACAGAGGCCUAAACUACACUAUACCCAUCGCUACUGGAUCGGGGAGACUUCUUUUAACUCAACUUGGACUUUAUUCUGAAGCUUAAAAGGCUACUCUGUCAAAUACCGAGCGGCCGCCCUCUAAAGCUACUCUUAAGCCUUAUCUUCUGGCCCCGGUGUUGUUUACUCAUCUCUCUCUCUCUCUUCUCUGACUGUCAUGCAAGCUCUCCAUCGUGUCAAUGGAGUAGUAUCUUCAGGUCUUCCUUCAUCAGUCAUACAGUCAGGCACCAGUGAUAGACAUCAAGAUAAAGUUGUCGUGGUGCCAUCAAUAAAUGGCACCAAUCUACCAGCUAAUAACAAUAACAGCAUUGGAUCAACCAACACUGACAUUUUGACUCUGAGCAGACUAGCAUCUUUAUCAAAGACUUUAAACCAGCCGCCAGGAGGAGGGGGGACAAUUGUGGGUACUCUCAAGGGAGGGGUACUAAUGGGAGGAGGGGAAACGUCCCGCGGCGAGGGAGGAGGAGGUAUGGCAGGCCAACACAAGCUGAACAACAGUCAUCUUCAUCGUAGCUCGAUGACCAAGAACAUGAAGACUGAGGCUACACCAUCAAAUACUACUAAUAAUAAUGGACUUGAUAACAACCAGAUCUUGUCUUCAUCAAUCGGGAGAGAUGGUCAAGUACAGAACUUUAUCAAAAGACACUGCUGCUCUGUCAUAGACACUAGGUCCUCUCGUCUCUCUAGUGCCCAGUCAGGUCUUGAGAAUAGAGUAAGAGCUUCCCUUAAGACUCUUAGAUCCUCUCAGUUGCGUAUGAGUCACGCCCACACCCUUAACGAACUAAUCUCUCAUAAGAAAGGACCCGAAGUUGAAGAAGAGGUUACUCCUCUAUUGCUAACUGUUGACGGUUCCAGCAAUACCAGUUUCAAUUCUAGCAUUGAUAGUAGUAGCAAUGGAUCUUUACUGGCUCCUCCUCCUUCCCUUCCUUCGAAUGGUAAAGUCUCUUCUGCCCUACAGCAACACCUCCAUUGUUUAGAGUCGCUCAUCGAUGAAGAAGCAACUGACACCAGUUCUGAUGAGGAAGAAGAAAUGGAGGCUCUGCCUAGAAAUGGAAAGACAAAGAGCAAAAAUGAUAGAUAUAUAAGGAAACUUGCCGUCAAGCAAAGAUGGGAGAAGGACAGAGCCCAGUUAGGUGCCAGGUGGGCCUGGCUCUGUCACCAGAUAUUGACUCUGAAUCAAAAACUUUAUCAGUUGGACUCGAGGAUACAAACACAGGACCCAAAGGAGACAGUACAACUCACGCCCCAUAACCCACCUCCCUCUCCCCUCAAUCUUCCCAACUGUGUCUGCGGGUUACAAAAUGGCCACAGCGAUCAUAAGGUCUCAGGGGGGCAGCCCCCCCAGCGAGGCAACGGCUCGACGCUUCUCUCCAAGCCGCCACUCGGGGGUAAAGUGAACGGGGGUGUCACGUGUUCGUGUCAGUUUCGUCAGAUGUUGCUCUCAAACCAGUCAUUAAUGAUGAGUCAUCCUCUUCAAGUUGGGGAUCUUGUCGGGUGUUCGUUCCCUGUUCUUGUCAUGGAUGAGGCGAAUCAGGUCUCAGCUAGGACCCGUGGAACUCACCGGGCGCCUAAGAGGAAGCUUGUGAGAAUGAAAGAAAAGAGACAGGAGAGGAGAAAGGGGAAGAGGUCAGGCUGUUCUACCGUUGAUGAGUCUUACCAUCCUCAUCUCUCACAGGAAGGAGAUGUGCCGUCUAAUGUCUGGUUGGAUUCGUCAUUACAUCAAGUCCUUCAAGAGCAUUCAUAUGCUUCUCUUCCACUACCUAAGAAGCGUAAAGUAUCAGCUGCAGCCACUACAACAGCUGCUUCUAAUAGCUGUAGUACCGUUACUAAUCUGUUUGAUCAUGCUGCUACCAUCAAUCAUUCAUUACUGAGAUUAGAAAGGAGCAAGUCUUUCUCUCCCUCUCCUUCUCCCCUUGAUGUGUCCUCUUCUAUUGGAGAGAAAGGUAUACCACGAAAGAGACACAGUGCCAAUUCGUUUGAUGACUCCUCCCAUCCUGUCACGCCCACCUCACUAAUGAAGAAAAAGAAAGGCGUGACCACACCCCAAUACGACAUCAAUAACAUAGUCAUACCUUACUCCAUCCUAUCCACUACUACGAGGCUUGAGAAACUCGAGUACAAGGAGAUUAUAACUCCAAAGUGGCGUAAAGUGUCAUCGCAUCCAGCUCAUCCCCUGCCUCCUCUACCUAACGGAGAGCACAUGGAGACUGAGCAGAAGGCUGAAGGAGUGAAGGAGAAUGGCGUUGUGAGGAAUGGUGGAGAGAGUGUUCAACAAAAUGGUGACAAGGAGACCGUGAACUGUGACAAUGAGAUUGAGAGCGAUGAGGAGGAUGAUUCUGAUGCUGUAUUCGCUAUAAGGCACGACAGGUGUGAAGCCAAAGAGCGUAACCGCUACCUCAAUUUUGUCACAGGCAAUCGUAAAAGACCACGUCCGUCCCAACUCUCGUCUACCCCUGACUCUGGCUCCCUCUCUCCUUCCUUUCCCAGCACUCCUCCUCCUCCUGUAGAGAGGGUCGAGAGAGUACCUCAAGUCCCCCCAUGGUCCCCACGGAAGUUCCCACUAGCUGGUAAAGACCUCGAUUAUCUUACGAAAGCCGCACCUGUCCCGCCCCCUCUCAUUAAAAAGGUUAUUCAAUAUGUUCCUGUCUUGGAUUACUCUCGUAUGUCAUCCUCGCCCUCUCCCCUACCAAACCACGCCCCUUCAACCCCGCCCCCUCUUCUAACGAGCCCCAUUGCAUCAGAAGGUACGGAUGAGUGUCCGUUAUCCAACUCCCAGUGGAUGGCCACUACUCACGUGAAGCAUUUAGAUCAACCCCCUACUGCUUCAUCUUCCGGUAUCAUAUUGAAGUUAUCAAAGCCGAAACAAGCAGCUGUUUAAUAGCACAUGUAACAAAGAAAACUAGAGGAUUCAUACAAUUCGUGUUUGUUAUAUCUCUGUACCCUACUGACUCAGCUAUUGUAUAAUCGUAGAAGAGUUAACACUGCAUUUGUAACACUAUUGCAGUGUUAUUGGACUAUUGUAACACUGCAUUUCAUUACCUUUUCAUUGUGGACUGGAAUCUUUUUGAUUGGCAUAGAACACACUCUCUCCUAUACACUAUACAGCAUUGUUUAUUAUUAUUAUUAUUAUUAUUAUUAUUAUUAUUAUUACAUUAUUAUUAUUAUUAUUGUGACCCAAUAUUGUGACCUGUUAAGUUGUUGAAUAUCAUUGUCCUUUUGUUUGAUGAUUCAACUUGCUACGUAGCCCCCUUCUUUCUUUUCUUUCUAUAAUAUUUCUCUUUCCCCAUUUA